AUGAAUUUUAAUUAAAUAUGGGUGUUGGUCCCAUUUUCUAUUGUGAUAGCGAUCAUCGCAUACUUGGAAAUAAUGAUGAUAUACGUAAACUAGAGUUCUUAAAAUAGAUUUUCAUAAAUCCAGAUGAAAAAGAAAUUCUAUUGUUGAUUUUACAUCAUUUACUAUUGUUAGUUGUUAUAUACUCAUUUUACAAAACGUCUACGACUAAACCAGGAACACCAACAUAAACUGAUACCGAAAAUAACCCUUUACUUACUUAAAGGAAAACUUGUAAAUUUUGUAAGCAUACUAAACCAAUGAGAUGUCAUCAUUGCAGAUAAUGCAAUAAAUGUAUAUUGAGAAUGGAUCAUCAUUGUCCUUGGGUAAAUAAUUGUAUAGGGCAGAACAAUUAUAAAUAUUUUUUUUGUUUGGUUUUUUAUGCUAGUAAUUUAAAAUGAAUAUUUAGAGCCCUUACUACAAUUGUUUACUUUGGCAUAUAUUUCAAUAAAAUUUUAAAAAAUCCUCCAACAGGUUCUAUUGAUACUUAUUUUAUAAUUUUUUCAGCUACUUUAAGUUUCAUAUUGAUGAUAAUUCUAUUUUUAUUCUUAGCAUUUCAUACAAAGUAAAGAUAGAUUUUUAUAAAAGAUUAAUAAGCCAUAAUUAAACUACACUUGAAUACUUUGAAAAAUAACGAGAAUACUAUGAUAAAGAUGUAGUAUCUAAUUUUCAUGAUUUUUUGGGACCAGGAUGUUGGUUAAUUCCUAUUUGA